AUGAAAAUAUACAAUAAUAAUACUUUAGUAUUUGUAUUUUUAUCAUUAUUAUUAGAAUCUACUAUUGUACGUAUAGAGGAGAAAUCGACAUGUGCAAGUUCGGCUACAGUUGUCAGAGUAACACACGCAAAAGUAGGUGUAUGCUUUAAAGCAUUGAAUCUGAAUGGAUCGGCUAUCGACUAUUACUACAACUAUCAGUUGAUCGGCGGUGUUAUGGCACAGACAUCUUACAAUGACUCGACUUGUACCACUCCAUCGGUCAUACCAGACACCUUUUUCAACAAUAAUGGUGUGCUCGUAGAAAGCACACUCUUUGCCGCCACCGUAGGCGAAUGCAGUGACGGUGUGACCGUCACAACGCUCGGAGACGAAGAGGUGCUCCUUCCAGUGGCCGGCUACUACUUUUACGAGAUUAGUAUGGAUACAUCGUGCGCCAAGUACGCACCCAACAACAUCCAAGUCAUCCUCUUGCCCUCGACAUGUGCACGUUCCGACUUGAUGAUCAAGAAAAGUUUCUCAAUCGAUACAAAUUCGACACCCAACAUUCAGUCUGGUCCAAACUGUGCCACCUACUCGAAACCAGCCACAUCGAUGGAUACUUGCACCAAGACACACUUUUCAUUCAAGUUGUAUGUUCCUGUGCCCGCCUUUGUGCCAACUGUCACCAACACCUACAACGGACCGAGUGGAUUGAAAUUGGUAUUGGGAGCUACACCCUACACAUCGAUCAUACCACGUUUCAAUCUUAAUAUGGUUGAUGCCGGUGGUGUGUCGGUCGGUGCAUGUGGGUUGACCAACGUGCCAGCUGUCAUGACGUGUACAGCUACCUAUUCAACCUAUCCCAUUCAAUUCAAGGUAGAGGCGUAUGGUAGCUCUACGGCCACCGUCUCCACCCUUUCAUCAUUUAUCGAUAUUCCAACACUCGCUGCAUCGAUCCAAACCUCUACCAUUACAACAUCCAACUUUUACUUUCUCAUUACCGUUGAUACUGGUGUCUCUGCCAAAUAUUUCAUGAACAACAAUGAGUUUACUUGUGCAUCAGUGGUGACAGCUUGCAAGAUCCCCAAUCAAUCGGUCACUGCUUCCGGUGCACCAGUCAACCUCACCAUCUAUGCCGUCAAGAAUAACAUAUUGUCCAAACAAUUUGUCUACACCACUCCACUCCCCGCAUCGGUUAAAUUGACCGAUAUUGAUACCGCCGGUAUCAUCACCUAUAAUUCCAUUCCCGUCAAGCCCGUUUACACUGGUGGCAGCGUCGAUACUCUUGGUAUGAAGGUAUUCUAUCAAAGCUCACUUCUUCAAGUUGAAGCUUCCGGAUGCGUCCAACCAACUGGUUUGGUCCCCUAUGUAUGUGACUUGACCACCCCAACCUACGUUCUUGACCAAUACAGUUAUUAUCGUGUCCGAAUGGUAAUGGAUGAUGGGUUUAGUCAAAGUACUCAAAGAAAAUUAUUCUUAACUCAACAUGCAUAUACAAAUGUAAAGAUAAAUUCAAUUUCACCAACUGAUUUGGUAGUUACAGGUCAAUACACAUUACAAACAGGUGUACCAACAACUGUAACCUAUAAAUUGAAUGGAGGUAUUGUUUGUCAAUCAGUUGUUUAUGGAAGUCCAUGUACCAUGUCUGGUUUGAAUAUUGCUUCAGCUUAUUCUCUUGAUAUGGAAUUUUUCAAUGCACAGUCAGUUACUCUUCAAACCAGUCCAACUGCAACACUCAAGACUCAACAAUGGACAGAUACAGUCCUCACACCAGGAUCAUACUCUGGUACUGCUCUUUCCGUCACUUUCAACACUCCAUCCAUUCUUCCACUCAAUUUCACUGUUGUUUACAACGAUGCCAUUCUCACUGCAUGUAAAAACAUGAACAAUCCUGGCAAUAGUGCAUCAUGUAAUAUUCCAGUCUCCUACCUUGGUUUCCAUAAAGUUGUUGUCAACUCUCAAUCAAACACCUUUAGUGUAUUCACUCUAGAUCGUUAUUUACCAAAUUUUGCUCAACCAACUGUAAGUAUAAAUUGGUUUACUGAAUAUACAUUAUUUACAAUUUCACCAAGUCAAAAUGCAUUUGGAUUAUUACAUGGUCUUUCACUUACAGGGUAUCCAACAACCCUUCAAAAUGGUAAUGUGGUCAAUAUUACUACAACAUUGGGUACACCAUACACCUACUUUGCCAAGAUUUCCCAAGUCAAUGUUCCACCGACCGUAUUUUUACAGUCUACCAAUACAUUCAAUACAUUGAUUCUUCAAUUGUCAGCGUUUUCCACUACUCCAUCGGUCAACUCUGUAUCGGUGUCCUAUGGUUCUACUGGUGGUUGUCCAAUUGGAAAUUCAGGAGCAGGUAGCAAAUACUAUAUCUCUUUGAAUGGACAACAGUCGAUCGGUUGUUGGGGUGUAGGUGGUGCUACUUGUGCCAUCGGUACUCUUACUGCCAACACAACCUAUGAAUACUCGGUCUCUGUCGUGAAUAAUGAUCAACAAAAAGAUGGUGCCAUCUCAACAUUCAAAACUCUACCAAAACCAUUUACCGUUGUACCAACUAUAACUACAUUUGCAACUGGUUUCGUCGUUGAAGCUGUUACUAGUCCAGUGUUGGUUGGAUCAAUUCAAACAUUUGUUUUGGUCGAUGGUCAAGACAAAUGUACUUCUCUACCAUGUGAAAUUAGAAAUCUCAGUCCACAAACACAAUACUCUGUCCAGGUGGUCAUGUACUCUGUCGCCGACAACACCUAUCAAACUACCACUACCCCCGCCACUACUCGCGGUAUCAUGGACGCCACCUUUUCAGCUGCCGUUUACAAUCCAGCUUUGGGAUCGGUCCAAGUCACCCUUGCCUCGUUGACUGGAAGUAAUCCAACCGCCGCCAAAACAUACACUUUCAAGUAUCAAGACGCUGUCCAAUGUAACGGAGUAUCGGGUAUCUGUGCAAUCACAGCCAAUCAAUCGGAAAUCAUUGAUGUCAUGAUCACCAUCCAAAACCAAAUCGAUUCCUUUGAGUUUGGAUUCUCCGUCUCUACCUAUGUCUUGACCCAAACCAUUGAAUAUUUGGCACUUUCAAGAACCAUCUAUUUCUCAGCCGUGCCAUCUCAAAUUGUUCCAGCUAGAUUCCCUCUAUUCGACUAUCAAGUUACAGGUGUCUCUGAUUUGGAGAAUUCAGACAAUCCAGAUUAUUCAAUGAUGGCAUUGGUUAGUGAAAGCACCACUUAUACAGUAUCUGCGCAAUACCUCUUCCAAGGAACAUACAAUCAAAUCAACCUCAUCUCUUCUCAAAUCGUCGUCACUUCUUAUCCAUCCAUCAACUUCCCAGCUGGUCAAAUGGUCACCCUCGUCUCUCUCAAUGAUACACAUCUCAGUGUAAAAUACGCUGCUCAAUACGGUGCACCAACCACUACCACCCUAUACUCUAUUAAACUCAAUGGAGUAAGUGUACCACAAUGUCAACAAACCCCAGCCACCCAAUGUACAAUGGAAGUUUCAAUUGGUUAUUUUGUCAUUUUCGUCCAUGCAGAAAAUGAAAUUGAUAUUGAAUAUGGUAAUCCAAAUUUACCAUUUAAUAAUAUUCAAUUAACAUCAUCAAUAACAUAUAUAACAUCAUCAAGUUUCCAAGUUAGUUUUGUAUCAAAUUAUAUAUUUAAUAGUUAUAGAGUUUGGUAUACUAGUACAUUUUAUAAAACAUUCCAAGUAAAUGAAUUGGUUGGAACUGUAGUUGUAACUGGUCUCACUUUAAAUACCACCUAUGCCGUUAGAUUCCAAGGUAUUGAUGUCACUGGAAAUAUGUUCCCUACUCCUCAAACAGAUGUUACCACCAGUUAUCCAUUCUCAUUGACUCGUCUCUAUUUGAUUAGUAAUACUCCCACCACUGCAACCGUUGCCUAUGGUCUAAUUGAUGGUGGUUCAUUACCAAUUGUCUACUCUGUCCAUGUCGAUGGUGACUUUGUCUUUAAUACUACCGGUUACACUGCUACCGUCCAAACUGGUGGAAAUGAUAUAGAUAUUGUAGUAGUUGGACAUUAUUAUGAAGAUAAUGCUCAAUCUGAAAUCGCUGUUCAUUCAGAUAGUGUAAUUGAUGGAAUUCAAAUUAAUACAAACAAGAUUGAUAUUAAUUAUGUAAAUUUUGUAUUUACAACUUUGGUACCAUUAAAGAAUGUUCAAUACUCUCUAUUAUUGAAUAAUGCUAUGACUUUGAAUUGUCAAAUUGGACAAUCAUGUAGUGCAACUGGAUUAAAAGAACAGAGUGUAAAUACUAUUACAGUGACUGGAAAUUACAAUAAUAAUGAAUGGGCUCCAACCAAAGUCACGACAUUUACAACAUACAGCAAGGUCAAAUCGGUUGUUAUCAAUAGUGCCACUACUGAUAGCAGUGCCAACAAAUUGUAUGUGACUGUAACUUCGGUUGGUGGUGAUUUUGCCAACACCGAGUACUCGAUUUAUAACGGUUUAAACAAACUCGUUACAUCGACCAGUCCCAAUUCUAUUGCUGUCCCAUUGAUCAAAUCAUAUCCAUGGUAUCAGUUGCGUGCCAUUGCCAACUAUUCUACUUCCUCGGCUUCUUCACCAGUAUUUAAUUAUGUUGCAUUGUCAUUCAACAUUGUAGUUUCAGGUGUUACAUCGAAUAUUGCUCAAAUCUCGGCCAACCCAACUUACAAUUUGGAUCCAAAUAUUUGGACAUUGUCCUACGAAUUGAAUGGUCAACAAGUGGUUGGAUGUGUAUUGUCUACUUGUGUGAUUGAUACUCUUGUCCCAUUGACCGACUAUUUGUUGACAGUGACUGCUUCCCAAACACUUGGAAAGGUGUCUAGAACCACUACCUUCAAGACAUUGGAUGCAUUCAAGAUCCCCUCGGUUGUUGUGACUGAUUAUUCGGCCACUUGGAUACAAGUGUCUUAUGCUGCAACUGGAGGUGAUGCAAAUACCGCUGUAUCCUACGCUGUUACACUUGAUGGUGCUGCAAGAGUCGAUUGUCCACCCACUCUAAGCACAUGCAACAUUACUGAAUUGGUUCCACAAGUCACUUACAACCUUGGUGUUACAGCUACCCGUGGUUCAUUGUCUGCAUCAUUUGUUCGUCAAUUCACCCUUCCAAACGGUGCAGCUAUCGCUAUCAACACUGCUCAAGUCAUGACCACCUCUGCCGUCUUGUCUUAUCCACUCAGAGCAGUCUUGUCAGACACUCCCAUCACCUACCUCACCACGUUGGAUGGUGCAGCUACCAAGUGCGACGUACUCGAGUCUGCCUGCCAACUCACCCAACUACAACCCAACAAGACGUACAACUUUGUCGUCACAGCCACCUAUCUCGUCGACAAGACCAUCACUACUCAAGUCGCAUUCACUACCUAUCCCUCAAUCAACUCUCCCAAGAUCAAUAUUGUCCAACUCACCACUACCACUAUUGUUGUCAAUUUGACUGUAACGGGCGGUGCACCAACCGUAGACACUGUCACUCAACUCUUUGUCAACGGUGUCAACACACAAUGUCUCAAUAAUUUGUGCGUGUUUUCAGGUCUUGCCCCUGCAACCACUUUUGUAUUCCGUGCAGUCACUUCAAAUGAUGGAGUGACCAGAGAGACCAUCCUCCCGAUUACCACCUACCCCAUCAUCUCACUCACCAACUUUGAACCAUACCAACGCAAUGAAACUGGUAUCUAUGUUGAUAUUGUCACGGCUGGUGGUGUGCCAGGUCAAACAGUCUGGACCGUCUCGGUCAACGACGCGGUGCUCUGCGACCAUUUGACACCUGCCAACUGCUACAAACCCAUCUCUAGUCUCGACGCAUUCACCUAUCGUCUCGAUCUCGCCAACGACGGCACAUCUUUGAACAGAGUCGUCAACUUCCAAACCUAUCCAAUUCCUGAAGGCGUUAUUAUUGCCAGUCAGACCAACACCACCCAACAAAGUAUCGCUUUUACCUGGUCAACCAGCUCGACUGGUGGUGUCCCCGGUGCCACCUACUACGAAGCUCAACUCUCCUACGACAACAAGACUUGGGGCUCUGCCUGUGUCUCUACCACCACCUCGUGUACCGUUAACAAGCUUGUCGACAGUACCGGCUACAAUGUCCGUAUUGCCGUGCGUAACCGUCGUUUCGACCCCAUCAUCUCACCUCAAAUCGUGCUCGUGACCAAUUCGUCCGGACCUGUUACCUGCGCACUCACCUGUCUCAACAAUGGUACGUGUCAGUCUGGAUAUUGUGUCUGUAUCAAGGGUUACGAUGGUCCACAAUGCGAGUUUAACAUGGGAGGCAACUCUACCACUGGUGGCAGCCCACCCGAAUUUAGCAAGCUUGCAGUCAACCCCAACAACACUGAAGUAUCGAUUGAAAACAAGUACGUCACACUCUCAUUCUCUAUGCAAUCCAUCACAGAGGUUGACGUGAACGGCACAGUCGUCGAGCAAGUCGAUCUAAGCACAACACUCUGGAAACUCAUCCUCAACAAUGAGUCUACCGUCAUUCACCCAACCACCCAAGAAGAACUCACCGAACUACUCUUUGGAUAUGUUUCAGAUGACGGAUUACUUUCUGUCAACUUUUCUCAAUACAUUCCAUCGGCCAAUUCAAACGCUGCUCUCACUGUCGACUCUUAUCCAGUAACAUUUGCAGGUGAAACAUUCAAUGUCAAACUUGGAUCGUUAAAGUACAGUUUCCGUGUACAAGGUUGGGAGUUUAACUCUACCGAAAAUACUCUUCACGUAGCAUCGUUUGUUGGAGAUAUUGGCAAUGAUACCCAAGUCACAUUUAAUGAUGGUGCCGUCAUGUCAUCUUUAGUUAUGGUCGAUAACCUCGGUAACCAAGUAUACAGUCGUUUAAUCAACAGAGUACUCGUAGACAACUUCCCAAUGCGUGUCUCUCAUUACAUCACACCAGCUACCAAUGGUACACUCGUCACUACCGUCAUCCCAUCGUUUAUCGAAUCAUUUGUCUAUGACCCCGAUAUUUCAGUUCUCGUAUACGACAGAAAAGAAACUACCGAAGACCCCAUCGAUAAGAAGAGUUGGACCGCUGUCAUUGUCGGUGUCACUGUUGGUGUAGUAUGUGCAGCCAUUAUCGCAGCCGGUGUCAUCUACUAUCUCAAGAAACAUAAAUACCAAGUCAAAUCAUUUAAAUCUAGAUUUAGUCGUUCAGUUUCUUUAAAAGAAUGGUCAAGACAUAGAUAA